CGCCGGCGCAGCCGAGGCGGAGAUCGACGAGCAUCGAUCGCGCGCCCCUGAGGGGCGCUUAACCGGGUGAAAUAUGGCUAGAGAAAGGUGCUUGAAAAAGUCAUUUAAAGAUAGCCUGGAAGAUAUAAAAGAACGAAUGAGAGAAAAGAGAAAUCACAAAUGGGCCAAGCUGGGUAAAACAAGCCAAGCCAUAUCCAUCAAGAGUAAAAUUGCAGACAACACUUCUGCACUACUGAAAAGUUUUCAAACAAACAAUCGUGCAUUAGCUGUGGCUUUGGAAGAAGAAAAGUGCAAAAUGAGGGAAGCACAAGAUAUUAUCCUGCAUAUAAAGAAAGAAAAUCAGCAUUUGAAAUUUCAGAUGUUUGUCUUGCAAAGAAAGCUGGAGACACAACAAGGAAAAGAACAUGCUGAGACUACAUUAGUGGCUUUGAAGAAGAUUAUUUCUAAAGUUGUUCAAGACCUCCUAAAUGCAACAAAUCUUCUUAGUCCUGCGAAAGAUACACGUACCACAGAUUGUAAUCAGCUUCUGUCUGCCUCAGACUUUGCAAACUGUGCAUCCAGUAGUUUCAGGAGCCAGGAUUCUCUGAGAGUACCAAUGCAUGCCCUUGCUCUAGAUGUAACUAAACGGGAUAAUAUGUUGAGAGCUAAAAUGCAGGGCAACAUCAAGAACAAUGAUUCAGAUUUUCUAUCUGAACCCUGGCAGGGUGUUGAAAAUACAUCUUCAGCCAUAACACCACAGAUAGAUACAGGCCAGCAACAAAGUUCUUGUGAAGAUUUCCUAGACAAUGACAGCACAGAUAUUUUGUCAAAUGAAGAGGAUCAGCAUGUUGGUAAUUCCCUAUCAAGAAAUGUAUCUACCCGUCGUUAUUUGAGGAUCAAACCCCAGAGUGACCUGUGUUUAUCUGAUGGCAAUGUUCCAGAAAUAAGUGAACAGAUAAACAAUCCUUGUGAGCAAGACAAAACUGGACCCGAGACAGGUUUAGGGGAAAAUAAUGAACAAUAUGAAGAAAAUGAUCUUUCUCAAGAAAACAAACAUAACAUAAACACCAAUUCCGGUUUGCAACUGUCAGAAACAUUAAUUGACUCAAAUACCUUGACGACUGCCUCAAAGCAAACUAAUUUGAAUUGUUCUGGAAGUUCUAAAACACAGAACGAGAAAACUCAGAAGAGAAAAAUGGAAACAUUGAAAAGUUCAUCCAGGACAAGAACCAAAAAAGAUAGAAGCUCUGGUAAACGGCAAUGUUCAAAAGAAAAAGCAGAUACAUCCGUUGGAUCCAGUGAUGCUUAUGACUUUACUUUUGCAGAGAGGGUUCAUGUUACACCUUUCCGUCAAAACAAAGAAAAUGAAAAUAGAACUAAUGGGAAAAAUCACACAGAAGAAAUGGAAAAUUCCAGUGGUGAAUCAUUCAUUAUAGAAGACGAUUCUGAUGAUAGUCUCUAUGUGCCUUACAGCAAAAAAUCAAAAGCAGGAAAAAACCCAGCCUAUACUGACGUAAGUCCAGUGCACACAAGACCACGACUGAAGAAGACUGUGUAUGAGCAACAUGAUAAAAAUAUUGAGAAGAAAAACAAGAAUACUAAAAAAACUGAGAAUUCUUGUAAAAAAACCAAUUCAAGUCCCCUUGAAAAUACUAAAGAGGAAAGUUCCUCUCAGAAAAACAGUGGAUCCAACAUUGGCAUAAAAGUUGUUGCACUAGUACACUGUUCAGCUCCUGCUGUCACGGCUGAGGAUGAAGUAUGCGGUAGGAACUCUGCUAAUGAAAAUAGCAACUCUGAGAAAGAUAGACCAUCUGAGGCUCUUCAGAAACAUCGUCUCCAUCUUAGUGAUAUUACCAACCGUGAAUCGUCAUCAACUGGCCAAACUAGACUUUCCCACUCACCUGUAAAUAUGGAAGUAAAUGGCAUUUCAUACCACAAACGUAGAUGUACUGUUUCUGUGAGUUAUAAGGAGCCAACUCUCAGUGGGAAGCUCAGAAGAGGCGACCCUUUUACAGACACUGGUUUUCUUGAUUCUCCAAUUUUUAAAGAUAAAAAGAAGACGCGCAAGUCUGUUAAAAAGAAAUCACUGUCCAGAUACAAUGAGGCGUUUGUUGGUUGCCUUUAGGAACUUUUUGAAGGAACAAAACCUGUCAAUUUUAGUAUUAAGCUAUGAAGGUAAAGUUGCAAGAACUUUUUAAAUAUAUGCCUGUACAUAUAACUGUUUUCCUUACAGUUUAGGGUGAAUAAUUAUUUGAUAAAACUCUUCUCCAUAAUAUGCAUACACUGCAACUUAAUUCCUCAUUAUAUUUUAAAAGCUCUGUAGCAGUAACAGAAUGAGUUAGUGGAUGUAAAUGGUCUAGUUUCAGUAGUUGCUUCUCUGUCCUGAAUGUGGUAGGCUUCCUAGGGUAGAGCACAAUGUUUUUUGUAUUUGAAAAAUGUAGGUUUUAUUAACUGCUUAGUGUGCAGCGUAGAUAGUUAAAGCAUGUGAUUACAAGUACAGUUGUCGACUUUCUUUGUAUUUUCUAAAAUUACUCUUAUUUACAUUGAAAUUUAUAAUUAAAUGGGUAAUAAUAAAAAGGUAGUUCCA